GAGACCCUCCGCACGGCGCUCGCCGUCGGGGCUGACCGGGCGGUGCUGGCCGAGGUGGGGGAGGGGGUGGCCCUGGGGCCCCUCGAGGUGGCCACGGCCCUGGCCGGGCUGGUGGGGAAGAUCCAGCCCCAGCUGGUGCUGCUGGGCAAGCAGGCCAUCGAUGACGACUGUAACCAGACGGGGCAGCUCCUCGCCGCCAUGUUGGACUGGCCGCAGGGCACCUUCGCCUCCCGUGUCCAGCUGGAAGGCGGCUCCGUGCGGGUGGAGCGGGAGGUGGACGCGGGGCUGGAGACGCUGCGGUUGCGCCUCCCGGCCGUUCUCACGGCGGAUCUGCGGCUCAACGAGCCCCGUUACGCCACCCUGCCCAACAUCAUG